GGUUUUCGCCAAGUCGAGCAGAAUUCGUCGAGCUCUUCUCAGAGUGAUACUACGACGCUUAUAAGCAGAUCAAGAUGACUGGUCGCGGUAAGGGAGGAAAGGGAUUGGGAAAAGGAGGAGCGAAGAGACAUCGUAAAGUACUUCGCGAUAACAUCCAAGGCAUCACUAAACCAGCCAUUCGUCGUCUCGCACGUCGUGGUGGUGUCAAGCGUAUCUCUGGAUUGAUUUACGAAGAGACGCGUGGUGUAUUGAAAGUAUUCCUCGAGAACGUAAUUCGUGACGCGGUUACCUACACCGAGCAUGCAAAGAGGAAGACCGUGACCGCCAUGGACGUUGUCUACGCCCUGAAACGUCAAGGAAGAACCCUAUACGGUUUCGGCGGUUAAACAGACACAAUUGUUCUUAUAUACAAACGGCCCUUUUCAGGGCCA